AGCAAGUGGGAAAUCGCUGGGCUCUCCAGUUACCCAGGAACCUCCUUAGCUGCUCAGGAACCUCCUUAGCUGCUGAGAGGUAACUGUCAUGCAGGAUGCGAGCUGCAGAGUGUUGCAGAGGAUAACAGAAUCUCUUUGAGUGACUCUAGUGGCAUAUGGGACGUUGGCUUCGGACCCUUGGUAACACACCUUGCUGCGUGGGAUGAUGAUGACUCAGAGAAGAAAGAGGCCUGAGGUCACACUCACCUACCUCCUCUUAGCCACAGCAGGCUGCUUUGCUAACCUGAAUGAGCUCCCUCAGGUCACUGUCCAGCCUUCUUCCACGGUCCAGAAGCUUGGAGGAACGGUGAUCCUGGGCUGCGUGGUGGAGCCCCCGGGCAUGAAUACCACCUGGCGCCUGAACGGGAAGGAGCUGAAUGGUUCAGAUGAUGCUUUGGGCGUCCUCAUCACCCAUGGGACCCUCGUCAUCACUGCCCUCAACAACCGCACUGUGGGACGGUACCAGUGUGUGGCCCGGAUGCCCGCAGGGGCCGUGGCCAGCGUGCCAGCCACUGUGACACUAGCCAAUCUCCAGGACUUCAAGUUAGAUGUGCAGCAUGUGAUUGAAGUAGAUGAGGGGAACACAGCAGUCAUUGCCUGCCAUCUUCCUGAGAGUCACCCAAAAGCCCAGGUCCGAUACAGUGUCAAACAAGAAUGGCUGGAGGCAUCCAGAGAUAACUACCUGAUCAUGCCAUCAGGAAACCUCCAGAUUGUGAACGCCAGCCAGGAGGACGAGGGGAUGUACAAGUGCGCCGCCUACAACCCAGUGACCCAGGAAGUGAAAACCGCGGGCUCCAGUGAUCGGCUGCGCGUGCGCCGCUCCACCGCCGAGGCUGCCCGCAUCAUCUACCCCCCAGAGGCACAGACCAUCAUUGUUACCAAAGGCCAGAGUCUCAUUUUAGAGUGUGUGGCUAGUGGGAUCCCACCCCCACGAGUUACCUGGGCCAAGGAUGGGUCCAGUGUCGCCAGCUACAACAAGACGCGCUUCCUGCUGAGCAACCUCCUCAUUGACACCACCAGUGAGGAGGACUCGGGGACAUACCGCUGCAUGGCUGACAACGGAGUAGGAGAGCCUGGGGCAGCAGUCAUCCUCUACAACGUCCAGGUGUUCGAACCCCCCGAAGUCACUGUGGAGCUGUCCCAGCUGGUCAUCCCGUGGGGCCAGAGUGCCAAGCUCACCUGUGAGGUGCGCGGGAACCCCCCACCCUCCGUGCUGUGGCUGAGGAAUGCUGUGCCCCUCACCUCCAGCCAGCGCCUCCGACUGACCCGUAGGGCCCUGCGAGUGGUCAGUGUGGGGCCUGAAGAUGAAGGCGUCUACCAGUGUAUGGCCGAGAAUGAAGUUGGGAGCGCCCAUGCAGUGGUCCAGCUGAGGACCGCCAGGCCAGGCACAACCCCGAGGCCAUGGCGGGAUGCUAAACUGGACACUGCUACACCUCCCAUGCCACCCUUCAGACCCAGAAGCCCUGACCAGAUGCUGAGGGGGCACUCAGGUCUCCCAAGGCCUCUGACAUCCGUGCAGCCAGCUUCCCUACAGUGCCCUGGAGAGAAGGGGCAGGUGGCUCCUGCCGAGGCACCCAUCAUCCUCAGCUCACCCCGGACCUCUAAGAGUGACUCAUACGAGCUUGUGUGGCGGCCUCGGCACGAGGGUGGCAGUCGGGCACCCAUCCUGUACUAUGUGGUGAAACACCGCAAGGUCACAAACUCAUCUGAUGAUUGGACUAUCUCUGGCAUUCCGGCCAGCCAGCACCGCCUGACCCUCACGAGACUUGACCCUGGGAGCUUGUAUGAAGUGGAGAUGGCAGCUUACAACUGUGCAGGCGAAGGCCAGACGGCCAUGGUCACCUUCCGAACUGGACGGCGGCCCAAACCUGAAAUCCUGGCCAGCAAGGAGCAGCAGAUCCAGAGAGAUGACCCUGGAGCCAGCCUCCAGAGCAGCAGCCAGCCAGACCAUGGCCGCCUCUCCCCCCCAGAAGCUCCAGACAGGCCCACUAUCUCCAUGGCCUCUGAGACAUCCGUGUACGUGACCUGGAUUCCCCGUGGGAAUGGUGGCUUCCCGAUCCAGUCCUUCCGUGUGGAGUACAAGAAGCUAAAGAAAGUGGGGGACUGGAUUCUGGCCACCAGUGCCAUCCCUCCCUCCCUGCUCUCAGUGGAGAUCACAGGCCUAGAGAAAGGCACCUCCUACAAGUUCCGGGUCCGGGCUCUGAACAUGCUGGGGGAGAGCGAGCCCAGCGCCCCAUCCCGGCCCUACGUGGUGUCCGGCUACAGUGGCCGCAUAUACGAGAGGCCCGUGGCAGGCCCUUACAUCACCUUCACUGAUGCAGUCAAUGAGACCACCAUCAUGCUCAAGUGGAUGUAUAUUCCAGCAAGUAACAACAACACUCCAAUCCAUGGCUUUUAUAUCUAUUAUCGACCCACAGACAGUGACAAUGAUAGUGACUACAAGAAGGAUAUGGUGGAAGGGGAUAGAUACUGGCACUCCAUCAGCCACCUGCAGCCAGAGACCUCCUACGACAUUAAGAUGCAGUGCUUCAAUGAAGGAGGGGAGAGCGAGUUCAGCAACGUGAUGAUCUGUGAAACCAAAGCUCGAAAGUCUUCUGGUCAGCCUGGUCGACCCCCACCCCCAACUCUUGCUCCACCUCAGCCGCCACCCCCUGAAACUAUUGAGAGGCCAGUGGGCACAGGGGCCAUGGUGGCACGCUCCAGUGACCUGCCCUACCUGAUUGUCGGGGUCGUGCUGGGCUCUGUCGUCCUCAUCAUCGUCGCCUUCAUCCCCUUCUGCUUGUGGAGGGCCUGGUCUAAGCAGAAACAUACAACAGACCUGGGUUUUCCUCGAAGUGCCCUUCUGUCCUCCUCCUGCCAAUACACAAUGGUACCAUUGGGAGGACUCCCAGGCCACCGAGCUAAUGGGCAGCCCUACCUUAGUGGCACCAAUGGACGGACCUGUGCCAAUGGGGUCCAUGUGAACAGGGGCUGCCCUGCAACUGCCUUGGGCUAUGCAGGCAUGAGACCUCAGCAGCACUGCCCGGGGGAGCUUCAGCAGCAGGAUGACACCAACAGCCUGCUGAGGCAGACCAUUCUUGGCAACGGAUAUGGCGUCCACAGUCACCAGAUUCCCAGGGGAACCAAGGCUGACCCAGACGAGGGCUCUUACUUAUAUACACUGCCUGAUGACUCAACUCACCAGCUACUCCAGACCCACCAGGACUGCCACCUCCAGGAGCAGCCCGCUGCUGCCAGCCAGUCAGGAAUGAGGAGUGUACCUCAGAAUCCUGGGCCUGAAGUGACAUGGGACCCUCUUUUUCAUCCAGGGCCCCCAUGCUGCUUGGGCCUUGUACCGGUUGAAGAAGUGGACAGUCCUGAGUCCUGCCAAGUGGGUGGAGGAGAGUGGUGUCCCCAACACCCCACGGGGGCCUACACAGGACAGGAGCUUGGGCUCCGGCUCUCCCCCAGCCCACCAGUGCAUGUAUCUUUUGAAACACCACCUCCCAGAAUUUAGACAGAAGCCAGUAUUCCAGAAAGAUUCUAUAUUAUCAUUUUUAAAAAGGGACAGAGAAAAUUCGUAUUUAUUUUUCUAUAAU